UGCGAGGCCAUGCCAUGCCAUGCCGCUGUUCGCUGUACCACCGCCCUUCUUCUCCCUCUCCCUCCUUGAGCAGCACAGCACAGUCGCACAGAGCACUACUGUCACUGCAACUGUGUUAGUGCCCGGAAGCCAGAUAUUUGCGCCCUCCAACCCCCCAUUAAGCGCCUACACCUUCCCCACUGCUUCCUCCUUCCUGAGAGAGAAAUGUUUCAUACAUCUGCUCCCUCCUCGUUCCCCUCUGACUGACUGAUUUGAGAGCUCGAGCACCAGAUCUGAACCCUCUUCUUGUGUUGGUGUUAGCAUUCAGCUAGUAGAGCUUGGUGCUGCUGUUCCAGUUCCAUCCUUCCAGGAUGAGCAAGGAGGAUGUCCUCAAGGUGCAGACUCUGAUGCUGAGAGUCAACAUUCACUGUGAUGGGUGCGAGAAGAAGGUCAAGAAGACUCUCCACAAGAUCGACGGUGUCUACCAGAGCAGCAUCGACGCGGAACAGGGGAAGGUGACGGUGUCCGGCUUGCUGGAUCCGGACACCAUCAUCAGGAAACUCAACAAGGCCGGCAAGCCGGCGCAGCUGUGGGGUUCCAAGCCCGGCGUGCCUCAGAACGCCCACCACGGCGGUGGUGGGGGCAAGGGCCAGCCAAAGGACGGCGGCGGCAAGGGCCAUUCCAAGGACGCUGGCGGUGGCAAGGGCCAUUCCAAGGAUGCCGGCGGCGGCAAGGCCCAGAAGGGCGGUGCAGGUGGUGGAGGCGGUCAAAAGGGUGCUGGCGGCGGCGGGGGUAAGGAUGCCAAGAUGGUGAUGCCGCAGCCGACGCCGCAGCAGCUCCAGCAGCUGCAGCAGCAGUUGCAGAUGAAGGGGCUGAAGCUUCCGCCGCACCUCUUGGGCGGCAAUAUGCCGGCGUUCCACGCGGCUGCGCCGUUGAAGGACCCCAAGUCCGUCAAGUUCGCCCUCCCCGAGGACAACUUCGACGACGACGGCAGCGAGUUCGACGAUGAGUUCGACGACGAGUUCGAUGACGACGAGGACUACGACGACGACGACGGCUUCGACGACGAUCUCUACGACGACCCCAAGAUGAUGAUGAAGCCCAUGGCUGUGCCGCCGCCGCCGGCCGGCGGGGGCGACAAGAAGGGCGGGGCCGGCGGCGGCAAGAAGGGUGGUGGAGGAGGCGGGAACGAGAUCCCGGUGCAGAUCAAGGGCAACAACCACGGCGGUGGGCAGCAGCACAAUGCGAAGGGAGGCGGCGCUCCGGGCGGCGCGAUUCACCUGGGCCAGGGGAAGAAGGGUGGCGGCGGCGCCAUCGGUGUCGGUGGGCCGAUGGGUGGCAUGCUGCCUCCGCAGGGCAUGAUAAGGCCUAACAUGCUGGGUGGUGCCGGUGCCGGUGCCGGCUUCCCCGGUACGGCCCAGAUGGGCGGCGGACCUAUGGGCAUGCCGAUGGGCCACCCGCAUAUGGGUGGUAUCAUGCAGCAGGGCGGCGGCGGUGGCGGCGGUGGCAUGCCGGGCCUGGGGUUCUACCAGGGAGGUGCCAACGGCGGCGGCGGUGGCGGUGGCAUGCAUUCUGGGGCAGAGAUGCUUCAGGCCGCCGCGGCAGCCGGGAACCCCAUGGCGCAGCAGCAGUACAUGGCCCUGAUGCAGCAGCAGCAGCAACAGCAGCAGAUGAUGAUGCAGCACGGGCACGGCGGAGCAGGGUACCCGGCGGCGAUGGGGUACGGCUAUGGCCGGCCACCGAUGCAUUACCCAAUGGGGUACCCAAUGGCGCCGCACUCGCAUGCUGACAAUUACAACAUCUUCAGCGACGAGAACCCCAACAGCUGCUCGGUGAUGUGAUCAGCAUGGGAUCGAUGGUGCCGGCAAGUUGCUCCCUCUUGCUGCUCUGUUCCAAGUGAAACAACCAUCUGAAGGAGCUCAAUGGCCACUGCUGAUCACUGAUGGACAUCGCCAUGGUUGGAACGCCGUGAAGCAAUCAAUCGUCAAUCAGGAUACUUGGGGAUGAUGAGUCUUCCUAGCUAGAAUCUAUCUACUAUCUAUCUUUUUUUUUUUCUCAUUUUCGCCUUUUCUUUCAAAAAAGGAACUUCCUUGAAUGCGAAGUUAGGUAUAGUAAUUAUGAAUAGUUUUCAUCAUCAUAAGAGAAGAGGAGGAAGAUGGGGCCUUGAUAGCCACCCACCCAAUAGGGGUGGUUCGCUUGUGGCUUCGUCCCUUCUGGCUUCAUAAAGGUGGACUGAUGGUAGAACAAUGUUGUCAAUCUCAGUAAAUCAGUGUGUGCAUAAUGUCGAGGUUUCUCUUCUAAUCUAACUAUAUAUAUAAUGGUAAGUUAUGUUUAUCA